UUCAGUAACUAUGAAACCUUCGCUUCACUUCUUCCUUCUUGCUGUGUGCGUGGCGGCUGUUGCUGGGCGUCCGAGUUUGACGUCAGAGGACGUGGAGGAAUCGAGUUGGCAUCCAAAUUCCCUGAGAACACUGGGCAGAUCAGUUUCACUGGGAAAAUUAGGUGUUACUGAUCUUUCGAAUGAAACAACCACAGCUUACUGGUACAACGACGGGCAAACCGCGCUCAAGUCGAAAGUGAAAACCAAGCUGAACACAAACAAAGCGAAAAAUGUAAUCAUGUUCCUCGGCGACGGAAUGUCAAUUCCCACUUUAAUGGCAGCUCGAACGUACCUUGGACAGCUCCAUGGAUACAGUGGAGAGGAACAUUCUUUGCACUGGGAAACGUUUCCCUUCACUGGAUUUUCCAAGACCUACAAUCUUAACCGGCAAGUAGCUGACUCUGCAAGUACAGCGACGGCUUACCUCUGCGGAGUUAAGACAAAUAACGGGCAGCUUGGUGUCAACGGUAUCGUGACUCGCGGAGAUUGCGAAGCCUCGACUGACACUGCUAAUCACGUGUCGUCCAUUGCCGAAUGGGCUCUGAACGAAGGAAAAUCGGCUGGAAUUGUUACGACGACGAGGGUGACGCACGCCUCGCCCGCUGGAGCUUACGCGCACACCUCUGAUCGAAAUUGGGAGACCGACGCAGACGUGACGGACGACGGAUACGACGCUACAGUCUGCAAGGACAUAACGACUCAGCUUGUGACUGCGUAUCCUGGAAAAGACUUUCAAGUAAUUUUAGGCGGUGGACGUCAAACGUUUCUCCCGACCGCAACCGUCGACGAUGAAGGUAGUUACGGUCAAAGGGAAGAUGGCGUCGAUUUGAUCGAGACCUGGAAGCAGGACAAGGCUGAUCGCAACAGCUCGUACAGUUACGUCUGGAACCGAAGUGGCCUCCGGACCGUAAUAGACAAUCCCGACGACGUCGACUACGUCUUGGGACUCUUCGAGAGUUCCCACUGUCAGUACCACCUGGAAUCGACCCCCGAAACUGAGCCGACUCUCGCAGAAAUGACGGAAGCAGCCAUAAAGAUCCUACGGAAGAACGAAAACGGGUACUUCCUCUUCGUGGAGGGUGGCCGUAUUGAUCAUGCCCAUCAUUCGUCGUAUGCGCACCUUGCCUUGGACGAAACGGUGGAAAUGGCGGCCGCAGUUCGCCUUGCGGACGAGCUGACCGAAGAAAGCGACACUCUUAUUGUCGUGACAUCAGAUCACGCACACGUAAUGAGUAUAUCCGGAUACCCAAGUCGCGGAAACGAUAUUCUCGGGGUCGCCGAUACUAGUGGAGUUGACAAUCUUCCCUACACAACGCUGAGCUACGCCAACGGUCCUGGAUACAAAACGCCAUCCAAUAGUACCCGAUACGACAUCUCUGACGACGAUUUGACUCUUCUGAGGUACGAAUACCCUGCGACCGUUCCACUGUCUUCGGAAACUCACGGCGGAGACGACGUGGCGAUAUUUGCUCGUGGUCCGUGGUCCCACCUGUUUUCCGGUACACUAGAGCAAAGCAGCAUUGCGCACUUCAUGGCGUACGCAGCCUGCAUUGGUUCAGGUCUCACGGCUUGCACGUGAUGCUAGUUGACACGGCCGUUGUCCCAGCAUCUGAGGAUCUGAAGACUGAACACGGAUGACACAAAGUCCUUGCAUUUUAUACCCUUAAAUGUGUUGUUGUCGUAUUUAACGAGUGUGAAAAA